AGAUACUUCCUGGAGUGUCAAUUGUAAUGCUACCUGCAAAAGAAGAAAAAUGACCGGGUUGUCCCCCAUUAAAAUGUCUGAUAGGUAUACUAGCUUGACAGGUUCAGUUAUUGAAGAGGAGACAUGCAAUCAUUCCACAAAGCAAUAUAGCAAGUUGGAAUCAACAACACCCUCUGAGCUGAAAAUAUUGUUCUGCUCACGCUGCAAAACCCCUUUGGGUCUUCCUGAAAAUUUUUCAAUUAUGAAGUGUAGACUAAUUUCAACAUCAAAAGUUCAUCUGAUGUCUCUACACAACAACUCCAAUCCAUCGGCGCAAGGCGUGGAGGUUUUGGCGUGUGACACAUCAUCACUCAAUCGGCGCAUUCUUGAAGAAGGUUCUUCUUCUUCUGGGCAGGGGAUUUGGUGCAAAGAAGAUGGGUGUGUCUUUGAUUCCAUCUUUUGCCCCUUUUGUGUUCCCCCCCAUAACAGUGUUCUUGGUGUUCAUGUGCUGGCCACUGAUGCACUCAAUCUCAAGCUUCAAAACAAGAUAUUGUUUUUUCUUGACAGCUUGGAGAUUGAAAAUUUCGAGGCACAUAAGAGACAUUAAUAUUAUGUUACAAAAGAGGAGGUAAAUUAGUAGUUAUUCUCAGAUCUAUCAGUUUGCAUGGGUGAAUUCAAAUUAUUUGUGUAACAUUGGUGGUCCGUAUGGUGGUAGAGGCUAGUUUCACUGGUGGUAGUUUUUAAAGUUUUAUUUUAUUAUUUUUGUAUAGUAAUUUUAUGUACUACUGUGUUGGAGGGUACUUCUAACAACCUAAUAAUGUUAGUCAGUAGUCAAUAUUCUAUUGUAAUACACUUCUUUACAGAAGUUAACGAGUUACUUGGUGAAAAAAAAGUUUACAUUCACUU